AUGGAUUCCGUUCUCCUCUGCACAUUGCUCGUCGCAUCACUCUCCAUCCCCGCCACCAUCUACAGCCCACAUGCCCGGAAACGUCUCCAGGCCGCCAUCGCCUCCAGCGAGCGCGCCCGCGAUGUCAAACUCCUCGCGGAACAACUGCGGCCCCGCGAUCGCCAAGAGGCCCGCAUGGUCGCCCGCCUCCUCGUAGAAAUCUUCUUCUCCAUCGCCGCCGUCCAAACCGUCAGCAUCGCCACCCCGCUGCUUCUUCGCAGUUUCCUCGCCAAGAUCCCCGACAUCCGCGACGGGUCCCGCCGCGAAGGCACGUUUCCGCUGAUGGAAAUCUCCGCCUACGUCUUCCUCAAGCACGUCGCUUCGGGCUACAUACGGUACUACAAGUGGGAUCGCACCUACCGCCUGCAAACCCUGUUCACCGACCGCAUCACCAUCGGCGCCUACACCAAGCUUCUCAGCCUAUCCGCCGACUACCACGACGCCAAGAAUUCCGGCACCGUGUGGAUGACGGUCCGCGGCACCGGCAAGGGCGUCGCGCGCAUGCUCCACUCCAUCCUCUUCGAGUUCGGCCCCAGCCUCCUGGACAUGGCGGUCGGCAUUGCCGGCUUCAAGACCCUCGGCAGCACUCGCGCGGCGCUCGCCACGGUCGUCGUCGUCAUCCUCUACGGCGUCGUCAUCCUGCGCUCCUCGAGCCGCAAAACGGCGUACGAGAGCAGGGCAGCCAGGAUGCGCGGCCGGCGCGACCACGUUGGCAGCGAUGCCAUCCUCAACUGGUGGACGAUUUUCUGCUUCGGUCGCUUGAACCAGGAGGCCGAGAGGCACGCUACGGCUGUUCGCGAGAUGCGGGAGAUCGAUGCCCAAUAUGUCGCCGAUCGCUCCACUGGCAAUCACCUGAAGCAGCUUGUGUCCAGUGGUGGCCUCCUCCUCUUGUGUAUCCUUGUCGGCUACGACAUCUGGAACACGCCCGGCCGUAGCGGCGCCGACCUCGUUGUUCUCAUGGGCUUCUGGCAGCAGGUCUUCUCUCCCGUACAAGAGAUCCUGAACUGGAAGCAGACCAUCGAUACCUUCUUCAUCGACACCCGCAAGCUCAUCGACAUCUUCGAGGAGGAGCCCUCGGUCAAGGAUGUCCCGGAAGCCGCCGACUUACGCCUCACCCGCGGCACCAUUGAAUUUCAAAACACAUCGUUCGCCUACGGCGGCAAGGAGAAGCCUGCGCUUGACGACGUGUCCUUCACCAUCGAGGGCGGCAAGACCCUCGCCCUCGUCGGCCAGACGGGCGGCGGCAAGUCCACGACCCUCAAACUACUCAUGCGCGCGUAUGAUCCCUCCUCAGGCAGAAUCCUGAUUGAUGGCCAGGACAUAAGCUUGGUCCGCAAGCAGAGCCUCAUGGACCACAUUGGCAUCGUUCCGCAGAGCAUCGGCGUGUUCAACACCACGAUUCUCGAAAACCUGCGCUACGGAAAGCCCGACGCUACCCUAGAGGAGUGUCAAGAGGCCUGCCGAGCCGUCUGCCUCCAUGACAAGAUUGCUUCCUUUGAGCUGGGCUACGAAGAGGUCGUCGGCGAGCGAGGUUCCAAACUUUCCGGCGGUGAGCUGCAGCGCCUUGCUACGGCCCGCCUCCUCCUCCGCGAUCCGAAAAUCGCCCUCUUCGACGAGGCCAUGAGCAGCCUGGAUAGCGGAACUGAGGCCAAGAUCCAGGAGUAUCUGCAGACCUGGUCUGCGGGCCGCACGGUGGUCAUGGUGGCCCAUAGGCUCGUGACGAUUGUGCACGCCGACUUGAUCUUGGCCGUGAAGAACGGCCAGAUUGUAGAACGGGGAACGCACGAAGAACUACUAGCCAAGGGAGGGUACUACUACGAACUAUGGUAUAAGCAACACCCGUUUUCGGCGGAUGGGACGAGGCAGCUUGGCUAA